GUGCUGCGCGUAUGGUGGGCUUUUACAACCAGUAUAAAUACAAGGCGCGCACUCGCGCUGCUAGAUUAAGUCCCGCGCCGCGGCACUGGGACAUCCUGAAGCAGGAUUAAAGCAGUACAAACUGUAGCCAUGGCUGACAAUUUGCGAAGACUGGUAAACUCUUCCCCCUUCAGUGUCUUGCAGGAUAAACUUGAAGCCUUGUACAAAGACUACCACGUGUUUUCUUGUGACCAGAAUCUGAACCGGUGCUGUGAGCUGGUGGAGCUCAACUCUAAAAUUCAGGGUCAAUUGUUCACCAUACUCAACCUUACAGCACAAGAGGGGGGACAUUAUGCAGGGAUUGACACUCUGAAGUCUCGUUUUUUACCGUGGCUUGGCUCCUGCUUCACUAUUCCAGCUUCCUCCAUCUCCACGGAUACCAGCCUCAGUCUCAUGCAGGAAUCUGCGGAGAAAGAGCGCAAGAUUCGUGAAAUGUCCUCUGCUCAUGAGAGCGACAUGCAGAAAAUAGAAGAUCAGCUGUGUUCUACACGUUUGGAGUUGAACUCAGUUAAGCAGGAACUGGCUGACACUCAGAUUGAACUGGAUUCUACAAAGAAUAAAUCAGCAACCACACUGUUGGCCACGGAGGAUGAAAUACUACAUCUAAAGGCAGAAUUGCGAGCAGCUCAAGAUCAGGUUGCUUCAUAUAAGAGAAAGUUGGAUGUUCUGGAUGACCAUGAGAGGCAGGUCAGAUUCCUAAAAGAUGAGGUCUCUUUCCUCACAGCGGAGAAAUCUGUUCUGCAGGACAGACUGGUCAGGAGCCGUUCACCCAGUCCUCUUCCCCGCCGGAGUCGCUCGGUCAGCCCUGUGAGGGGCGAGUCUCCCACACGUGCCCAGCUCACCAGCUCCUCACGUCACGCCCGGCUGGUCUCUCGUUUCUCAGACCUGUAUGCCAUUGAGAGGCUGGAGUCCCAGAGUCUCCUGCGCAGAUACAUUGACGACCUGGACACAGUCCAGAGGAUCAUUUUCAUUGCUGUUGUGGAAUCUUUCCAGGCUGCUAAACUGGCCUAUCGGCAGUUCAAGAUACGUGUGAAGAAGACACUUUCCUCCACACACAUUGGUCAUGAGAGUCUAGAGGAUGCAGUGGUGGAUUACAUUGUGCGAAAUCUGGACCUGUAUGACGUGCAAACCAGCGUUAAUGACGUCAUAAAUUCGAUGAACGUAAACCCGUGUAUCUCCUUCCCUCCGGAGGUCGACUUUGUUCUGAUCAGCAGCUUUAUCAGGGAAGUGUGCCGAAUAGCUUUCGCCAUGCAGACUCUGGAUCCACCACUGGAUCUGGCCUUCAGCUCAGAUGGAGAACUCUACAGCGAUGUGAAGUACAGACGCAGUUUUGAUUCAGAGUUCACAGCUCCUCUGGUGGCGUAUCACGUGUGGCCGGUGCUGGUGGAGGGAGAUACUGUCAUAUUAAAAGGAGAGGCAGUCACCAAAAGAGGAGCGCUGUGGAGAAGCAGGAGUCGUAGUUCCAGUCCUGUUCGUUCCCAAUCCCGCUCAGGAAGCCCCACACGCACAUUUAUGGCCAGUCGUAGUCGCAGUCCCUCCCCUGGACGUCUCUCUAGUAGUCGACUGUAAACUCUAACACCUGACCUCAACACUCUUCACACUAGUUACAAGAUUAAAAAGAUUUAUUAAAAGGAAUAAUUUAAUAAUUUAAAAAAAUAUAUAGAUUUUUUUUAUAUGUAUGGGAUGAAAUAUAACAUUUAUCAGUUGUCUUUACAAAAAAUCUGACGAUUUUAAAACAUGUAACACUUUUUAUGAUAGAUUAACCUCAACCCUAACAUUUUCUGUUUGGACUGCAUUUCACCGAGGCCCAAUAUGACUGGCCAGCUUCUGUUUUAAAUACGAGUUUGUGAGUCUACAUUAUAUUCAUUUACAAAAAUGACUACAAAGGUGCUCUGUUCGUCUGUGUGAUUAUUGAUCAAAUCAUUUAAGGUGCUAUACUUUGUUUGUUUUUGUAUGAAAUUAUUUAUGUUUUCAUAAAUUUAGACACGUGAUUUGGAUAUUUCCUCCAUAAUAGAAAUAGUGUUUAAAGAGAAAUUCUGUUGUCUUCUUUAAAGUCACACCUGCAUAUCAGCACUUUUGUAAUUCGGAUUUA